UCGUAAGGAUGUGUCCGCUGGCGCUGCCGGACUUCGUGCGUUCGCGUCGCGUGUGUGCGCGUUUAUCCUGACGCCUGAAAAUAUAUCUCAGCCAAGGAGGCCAAAAGGGCCACGAAAAAGUGCUUCAAGCCAGGCCAGAAGAAAAUAUAGCCAGGCUAAAAAAUAUCUCGAGUGAAUGCCAGAAUAAUCACACAAAUGAUACAAAAAAAAAUCACAAAUUACAAAAAAUAAAAAAUAAAAUGAGGCAGUCGGUGUCAAGUUCGGUGUUAAGUUUUUAUUUGUGUUCGUGUGCUUGGCGAGUACCAAGAUCCCAAAUACCAACGAUCUCUCGAGGAUAAACCAAUAACUGCUAGAAGGUCUUGAGCUGCAGAAAAUUGAAAAUACAGCAAAAGUUCGUUCAAAAUGAUCACCUAAAGCCAAAAUCGGUGCAAGCAAAAAAACUAAACUAAACCGAAUCAAACUAGAAUAACUAAAAAACGCAUCGGCUCAUAACGCAAACAUAGUUUAAUUGGCACUGGAAAUAAACAAAAAAUAAAUGUAAAUUGAUUUCGGAAAGCCCAAGGGCAGAAAACUAAAAACCAAAACAAAACCUAACCAAACUCAACAAAAUAUAAAAAACGUAACGCAAACCACCGCAAAAAUUGCUUUAGUAAAAAAAAAGAGUAAAGAAACCGGAAAAACAUAAACGUAUAAAAACCAACUCCCAAAUCGCAUCAAACAAAAUGACGCUGCGCAUAUCGGCCGAAUACGGAAAUCAUCGAGGGCUCAUCAUUCCUGGCUUUGUGCUGCUCCUGAUUUUGGCCACCUUGCCUGCCUCGCGGGCAGGACGAAUCUUCGACGUCACAAAUCUGGACUACGUAAAGGUGAAUGCCGAGGCGGGCAAGAACGUGACCAUUCCGUGUCCAGGGGUCAACGAGCACUCGCUGGUGGACACGCUCGUGUGGAAAACGGCGUCGACGACAAUCGCGCAGUUCGCCAAUCGGAUACCCCUGCUCCACAGUCCGAGGAUACAACUUUUAUCGGACAACUUCGGCCUGCAGUUUUCGCCCUCGUUAGCAAGCGAUACGUCGGAAUAUAUAUGCCUGGUUAACGAUCGGCAUAUACCAGAGGCCAUAGUCGAUUUGCUGGUUCAGGAUGUGCCCGAUCCGCCGGAGCGACCAUUGUUGAUAAGUUUCACAUCACGCUCGGUGAAUUUAUCCUGGGCGCACUCGCAGCAUCCGCGGAAUGCGCCCGUCACGCAUUUUAUUAUUGAAACGCGGGAGGGCGAGGACGGCAUUUGGGAGCAGCUGGCCAGGAUAUACACAAAGACAAAUGCGACGUCAUAUCAGGUGACCGGGCUGACGCCCUUCACCGUCUACAGCUUUCGCCUCCUGGCGGUCAACAAGCUGGGCAUCAGUCCGCCGUCCAAGGAGUCCUACUAUAUAGUCACGCUGCGUGAGGCUCCCACAGGCAAACCCAUUCCGACAACGGCCCACAAUACGUCCUCCACCUCGGUCUACAUCUCGUGGAAGGCCCCUCCGCCGGAUACCAUACUGGGCGAGUUCCUCGGCUACCGCAUCACAUAUCGACCACGCGAUCGGGAUCCCAACGAUACCAAGGAAAUCUACAUACGCGACAACACCGUGGAGAGCCAUGAGAUACAGAAUCUACAGACAUACACGCAGUACAAGGUGACGGUGCAGGUGUUCAAUCCCGAGGGUCUGGGACCGGAGACCACCAUUCUGGUGAUGACCGACGAAGGAGUGCCAAGCAAACCCCAGAAUCUCACCAUCCUGGAUGUGUCGGCCAACAGCAUCACAAUGUCCUGGCAUCCUCCGAAGAAUCAAAAUGGAGCCAUCGCCGGUUAUCAUGUGUUCCACAUCCACGACAAUCAAACUGGCGUGGAAAUUGUUAAGAACUCUCGCAAUUCGGUGGAAACACUCAUACACUUUGAGUUGCAGAAUUUACGACCCUACACCGAUUACCGUGUGAUAGUAAAGGCAUUUACCACCAAAAAUGAGGGCGAACCCUCCGAUCAGAUUGCCCAAAGGACAGAUGUUGGAGGUCCCAGUGCUCCGGCGAUUGUGAACCUCACUUGCCACUCCCAGGAAUCCAUCACUAUUCGCUGGCGAAGACCUUACGAGUUCUACAACACCAUUGAUUUCUAUAUAAUCAAAACGCGAUUGGCUGGACAGGAUACGCAUCGAGAUAUAAGGAUUAAUGCCUCGGCAAAGGAACUGGAAACUGCGAUGAUUCUACAAAAUCUAACAACCAACUCCUACUACGAGGUCAAAGUGGCAGCGGCAACGUUCAGUGUCAUAAAUCCAAAGAAAAUUGUGCUGGGCAAAUUUUCGGAGUCAAGGAUUAUCCAACUGCAACCGAAUUGCGAAAAACUUCAACCGCUGCUACGACAAUCGCAUAAUGACUACAAUUUGGCCGUUUUGGUGGGCAUUAUCUUCAGCUGUUUCGGCAUCAUCCUGAUCAUCAUGGCCUUCUUCCUGUGGAGCAGAAAGUGCUUCCAUGCGGCCUACUAUUACUUGGAUGAUCCGCCGCACCACCCGAAUGCCCCUCAAGUGGAUUGGGAAGUUCCCGUGAAGAUCGGCGAUGAGAUCCGUGCCGCUGUGCCCGUGAAUGAGUUCUCCAAGCACGUGGCAUCCCUGCAUGCUGACGGGGACAUUGGAUUCAGUCGGGAGUACGAGGCCAUCCAGAAUGAGUGCAUCAGCGACGAUCUGCCAUGUGAGCACUCGCAGCAUCCCGAGAACAAACGCAAAAACCGAUAUCUCAAUAUCACGGCCUAUGAUCACAGUCGCGUGCAUUUGCAUCCGACACCGGGACAAAAGAAGAAUUUGGACUACAUCAAUGCGAAUUUCAUCGAUGGCUACCAAAAGGGACAUGCGUUUAUUGGAACCCAGGGUCCUUUGCCCGAUACCUUUGACUGUUUCUGGCGGAUGAUUUGGGAGCAGAGGGUGGCCAUUAUAGUGAUGAUCACCAAUCUGGUGGAGCGCGGUAGGCGCAAGUGCGACAUGUAUUGGCCCAAGGACGGAGUCGAGACCUACGGAGUGAUCCAGGUCAAACUAAUCGAGGAGGAAGUCAUGUCCACAUACACUGUGCGCACUCUGCAGAUUAAGCACUUGAAGCUUAAGAAAAAGAAGCAGUGCAAUACGGAGAAACUGGUCUAUCAAUAUCACUAUACCAACUGGCCCGAUCAUGGAACCCCCGAUCAUCCACUGCCUGUUCUGAACUUUGUCAAGAAAUCCUCGGCUGCCAAUCCCGCUGAGGCUGGUCCUAUAGUUGUGCACUGCAGCGCUGGCGUUGGUCGCACUGGCACCUACAUCGUCCUGGACGCCAUGCUCAAGCAGAUCCAGCAGAAAUCGAUUGUCAACGUCUUCGGCUUCCUGCGUCACAUUCGAGCCCAGAGGAACUUCCUCGUUCAGACCGAGGAGCAGUAUAUAUUCCUGCACGACGCUCUGGUCGAGGCUAUUGCCUCGGGGGAGACAAAUCUGAUGGCCGAGCAGGUGGAGGAGCUGAGGAACUGCACUCCCUACUUGGAGCAGCAGUACAAGAACAUCAUCCAGUUCCAGCCAAAGGACAUUCACAUUGCCUCCGCCAUGAAGCAGGUGAACUCGAUCAAGAAUCGCGGAGCCAUCUUCCCCAUCGAGGGCAGUCGGGUGCAUUUGACACCCAAGCCGGGCGAGGAUGGUAGCGAUUAUAUCAACGCCUCCUGGCUGCACGGCUUCCGGAGGUUGAGGGACUUCAUAGUCACCCAACAUCCUAUGGCGCACACGAUAAAGGACUUCUGGCAGAUGGUCUGGGACCACAAUGCACAGACCGUCGUGCUGCUCUCAUCUCUGGAUGAUAUAAACUUUGCCCAGUUUUGGCCGGAUGAGGCCACGCCCAUCGAGAGCGAUCACUAUCGCGUCAAGUAUCUGAACAAGACCAACAAGAGCGACUAUGUGAGCCGGGACUUUGUCAUCCAGUCGAUACAGGACGACUACGAGCUUACGGUCAAAAUGCUUCACUGUCCCAGUUGGCCGGAGAUGUCCAAUCCCAAUAGCAUCUACGACUUUAUCGUCGAUGUGCACGAACGUUGCAAUGACUACCGCAAUGGACCUAUUGUCAUUGUGGAUAGAUAUGGUGGCGCCCAGGCGUGCACCUUCUGUGCGAUCUCGUCGCUGGCCAUCGAGAUGGAGUACUGCAGCACGGCCAAUGUGUACCAGUACGCGAAGCUGUACCACAACAAGCGACCCGGGGUGUGGACAUCCAGCGAGGAUAUUCGCGUCAUCUACAACAUACUUUCAUUUUUGCCUGGCAAUUUGAACCUGCUGAAGCGCACGGCGCUUCGGACUGAAUUCGAGGAUGUGACAACGGCCACGCCGGAUCUCUAUAGCAAAAUAUGCAGCAAUGGUAAUGUUCCACAGCAUGUCAUUCUGCAGCAGCAGCAGCUGCACAUGCUGCAGUUGCAGCAGCAACACCUAGAGACACAGCAGCAGCAGCAGCAGCAGCUACAACAGCAACAGACAGCACUCCAUGAGACAGUCAGCACACCAACAACCGAUACUAAUCCAAGCCUCUUGCCCAUUCUGUCAUUGUUACCGCCCACAGUCGCUCCACUGUCCUCCAAUUCAUCCACCAACACCACAACACCACCACCAUCCCCACAGACCAUCCAAUUGCCAUCGCCAUCCGAACUGUCCCACCAGAUUUUACCCACAGUCGCCAGUGCCACAUCGCCGGUAGCACCGGCCACACCUGGAACAUGCGCUACACCAACGACUCCAACGACACCAACAACAGUCCUACCUACAAUACCUACAAUACCACUCGCAUCCCAGAACAGUUUAACCCUUACUAAUGCCAAUUUCCAUACUGUUACUAAUAACGCUGCUGAACUGAUGGAACACCAACAACAACAAAUGCUGGCCUUGAUGCAACAACAAACGCAACUCCAACAACAAUACAAUACGCAUCAAUCGCAUCACAACAACGUUGGUGAUCUGCUGAUGAACAACACGGAUAAUUCACCAACCACUUCACCAACGAUCGUCAACAACAAUAUUAACAAUAACAACAACGUCACAAAUGCAGCAGCGACAGAUGCUCAAAACUUAGAUAUUGUAGGCUAAACUAAAGAUAAAUUUACAGAGAGAAAUUAAAUCAUUUUAUAAAUGUUUAAAUAUAAAUAUUUAACUUUAAAUUUAAAUUAAAACGGUACCCUUACGUAUACAUAGCGAUGUAUUUAUUAACGUUUAAGUCGUUUAAGUGAGAACAAAGCGUCUAGCGCCUUGUCCAUAAAUUAUUCAUUUGCCGUGUAAGCUCAUAUUUUACUUUAAUUUAUUCCCCGCUCAGUUGUUCCCUUAAAUACUAUCUAAAUUAUUUUGUCUUUGUGUAAUUUUUUAUAUCUUACCUUAUUUCUAAGUUUUCAUAAUCUCCAUUUUACCUACAUUUAGUCACAAGGGAAAAGAAAAAGUCAAGAGCAGCAGUAAAGAACAAAAAUAAUCGCAAAUCUAAAAGUGGAAACGUAGCAAAAUGCACAAGUUGAACAAGUAGAAUUAACUAAAAAACAAAAGAAAAAAUAUUUGUCUAAUCAUUUAUAUACGCUGAUUACAUAUAAAUAACGUUAAUGCAGUUUAAUUCUGCACACACUUGUGCCAUGAUUUUUUAAGCUCCUACAAACUCCUAUUAAAGUAAUAAUUAUUAGUUGAAUUACCGAAGUAACCUAGUUGAUUGAGCACUUUUUGCAUUUCGAAUCGAUUCAGUGUCCGUCCUAGUAUCUGUUAUUGUUUUCUGUCUUCUUAUCGAUUUGUUCCAGUUAAAUACACUAAAAGAAAAAUACAAACUCAAGCAAAACUUAGCUACAAAUUAAUUGCGAAUUUAGUAGACAAAGAAGUGAAUUAUUGGCAAAUAUUCCGAGUUACCAAGCACUUUACACGGAGCACUCAUCACCCCACACAUCACUGUAAAUCCCAAAAUAAAACUUAAUAAGUCACAAUUUCCGCACAAAGCACAAGAGCAUCACGAAAAAAGCAAAACAAAAAUUGUAAAUAAAAGCUUUGGCCAGAAAACCAGACUCAUUAUUCUGAACGAGCUAAAAAUACUGUAAAAUAAGAUCCACAUUCUGAAAAUGCUAAGAAUAUUGUAAAAACUAAAGUAAGCAAAGGCGACAACUAAGUGUAAAUCUAAUAGUAAUCGCAAGCAAAGUAUUAUUAAAAUAUAAAAUUCAUGUGAAAAGUGAGAUAAAAUGAUAAACCCCCAUGGAAAACUCAAGUUUAAGUUUUGUUUUUCUCUUAUCGAUGCACAGGGUGUUACCAUAUUUGAUAUACCCCGAGUAACAGCGUAAUAUUAAUCUGUACAGUUCUUAGAGUUAGCCUCGGAUGUGGAUAGGGAUUAAACCUAAAGUUAGCACACUCUGAAUUGCCAUAACUAUGUGUGUGAGUUGGCUGAGAAGAUGUGUAGUUUGGAAUUGUCCAGAUUUAGUCAGAUAUAUCUCAACCCCAGAAACACACAGCAAGUAGAUCGCAAGUAAUUUAGUGAAUAUUUUUACAUUUUAUAUGUAAAGUAUUAAUGGAAAAAGAAAAUGAAAAAAAAAACAUAAGAAACGAUAAACAAACAUGUUUUAAAGACUGGUUUUUUGUACACUUUAACUUGAAUAAGCAUGUAUACUGAUUAUGUAAAUGAACGAAUGUCAAAGGUCCUUCAGUUUCCUCUUAGAUUUAUCCCGUGUCGUCCACCCAAUCGAAUGUAGUCAGACUACUCGAGGAUCUAGAUGUGGCAGAUGAUUCCGAUUUGGGUGGCAGCACCCUUCAAUCUUGAUCGUAUCAAAGCGAGAGCAUUUCAAUCCAAUCAUUUGUCAGCUGAUACCAAAUAGGCGGCUCUACAUAUUAACCAACUAAUGACCAAUUUUUGUGAGAUUAUGUUUCUUAGGCACUAACCCGACUUAGGCUAAGACUACUUAUACGCUAGAAAGGCUUGUAAAUUUCUCAUACUGACACCGGCAAUGGUAACAAAUGCUUCAUCUGUAAUAUAACAACAAGAAUCAUAUUAAUUCGAUACGAUAUUGAGAAACAAAACAAAACUAUGCAUUUUAACUGUUAAACACAUAAAUAGUAGCAUGUACGAUGAAACUAUAGGUGGAUAUUUCUAUAUAUACAUUAUGUACAUAAUGUUGUAUGUGUGUGACCCACGUCACAGCCAAAGAAAAGCUUAAUCGACAUCAUUGCAAUGGAGCAAUGACUACACAGAGUUCUACAGAAAAACCCCCAAUUAAAAACUGCACACACUUUUCGAGCAAAUGGAAACCUUUCCACGACUAAACUACCUUCACACAUUAACUAAAGUAAUUGAAAAACGAUACAAAAAACCACAGAUACAACAGAUUAUCUAAUUGACGGUGUUAUGCAAUUUAUAAAUGUGAUGAAUGUCAAAGUUAAGCGUAAACAAUUUAAAAAGUAAACCACACAAAAAUCCAAAAAAAAAAAGAAGAGGAAAUUAAAGAAAGAUUCGUAAGAAAGAGCUGAAUGUAGCGAGAACUUAAGUAAGCAUGCCCACGAUUUUAGAGCUAAGCAAAUAGAUGAAGAUAAAUACCCCAGAGGCAGACCAUAGAUUUUAAAGAACGAAGAAUUCGCCACCCUUUAAGACCCAGAAAGUAGGGACUUUCCCGCAGCUUGUAGAGGCAAUCGAAAGCAGGAGGAUCCGAUAUCAAAGUCGGAAAGCGUCUCGCGAUAAACAAAAUUAAUGAUAUAUAUAUAUAAAGAUAUGUAUGUAUAUGUAUGUACACCUAAGCUACUCGUAAGCCAAUGAAAAGUUGAAAUGGACUAAAGAUAAAUGGAACCGACAAAAUUGAAAGCGUCAAAAUAAAGAACAUCAAAUUGCAAACUUA